GAGCCACUUUGCAAUAGUGAAAUUGGUACCUCCCCAUUGUUCUGGGUUUUUCUUUAAAUUUUGGGUAUCUGAAUUUGCAGCUUUAUUUUUCAACAAGAAACACAGUUCCCUUUCAAUCCGAUCCAAUCCAAAUCCUUAUCAGUCAUCACCUGUCCUUUACUUUCCUUUCUUUCUCUGGAACCCACUUUCAUUUCACACACACACACGCUCACUGUAUCACCACUACUCUCUCAUUCUCCAGCUUACUUCUUCCUUCUUCUUUUUUUUGUUUAUAUUUUUCUUACCAAAUCUUUUCUUCUUUUAUCAAGACAACAUUCAGAUCUUUUAACUGAUAGUACUUCACUCACAACUAUCAAAUAUAAACACAUCAAACCCAUCACUUAAACUCCAUUUCUGGGCAAACACAGUCACACAGUAUGGAAAGUAGUAGGAAUUUAUUCCUCAUUAACCCUCACCCCAGUAGUAAUAUUAACAUUAAUGAUCCACGUGCCUUCUGGAACUCUGGAACUACACCUUCCAGAUUUGUUGAUUGGAACGACUCUUUCCACCAAUCCAGCGUCACCACGACGGCGGCCGAAACCAGCAUUGCCACCCGAUAUCCUCCGACACAAGCCGGCGGCGCAGGCGGAGGAGAGAGUGCGGUUCACGCGCUCAUGGUCCAAACCCAUCCUCAACUCUCUCCUUUAUCUUCGUACCUGUACACCGGCAACCCGGUCGGUGGUGGCGGGUUUCAGUAUCCCGACCCGCACCUAAUGUGUUUGAAGCUCGGAAAAAGGCAUUACUUCGGGGACGGCGGCGGUGGCGCAACCGCAAUUCCUGCCGGAGAUCGGCAAGGUGGGUUGGCUGCUGUUGGUUUGUCCAACAUGGAUAACGGCAAGAGAGGGAAGCCCUACUGUGAACUAGUUGGUGGCGGGGCUCCGGUGACGGUGGCUGCGACGGCGCCACCGUUGGGGGUGGUGAUGGUGCCAAGGUGUCAGGUGGACGGAUGCCAGGUGGCGCUGGUGGAUGCCAAAGACUACCACCGGAGGCAUAAGGUUUGCGAGAUGCAUUCCAAGGCUCCAAAAGUAUUAGUCUUAGGGCUUGAACAACGAUUUUGUCAACAGUGCAGCAGGUUUCAUGCAGUAGGAGAAUUUGAUGAAUCCAAGAGGAGUUGUAGGCGGAGAUUGGCUGGCCACAAUGAGAGGAGAAGAAAGAGCUCUCAAGAUCAACCUACUCCUAAGAACCAAUCUUCUCAUCAAGCGAAUCGCAAGUUGGUGAAUCAUGGUGGACGGCAUUCUCAAUAUCCACUGAGUAAUAGUAAUAAUGGAUGUGCUCUCUCUCUUCUGUCAUCCUCCAAGAACAGCUCCUGGAUUUCAUCCGGCAGCGAUCUCCCUGCUAGGUGUAGUGCUGCCCUUCGAGAAUUAAUAGCCGAGAAUCGGGCUGCUGUUGUAGCUCGGCGGAUCAUCCUCGAUCAUCAUCAGCAUCCCCCCUCCAAUGUUGAACUAAAUUCUCGUCAAAAUGGAACCAAUUCUCUUCCUAAUUACCAGCACCAAACCGGAACAACCGACUCACAUGUGACGUUGGACCUCAUGCAAGCUCCUUCUGCAUUUGGGUUCUUGUCUGUGCGAGGAAAAUCAAAGGAAAGCGAUCAAGAUUGUCCUGAUUUGUGGAGCUCCUUUGGUGGUGCUCAUGUUGUUUGAACAAUGUUUAAUCGUUUGUAUCAUUGAGAUAUGUAUACUUAGAAGGCGGUGCAAAGUUGAUUCACUCCUCAUUGGUUUAGACAGGAUAAGUAAUUAAUUUAUAACUACAUAUACUAGCAUGAUAUGCGUUGUCAAAACUAGAUUUUGGACGUUAAGUAAUUUUUUGUACAUAGAACAUUCGUAUUUUGGUGUUGUCUCAAUUUUUCUGUAGGAAGAAACAUUCCAAUUCAGUGUUUUAUUUCGCUAUUUAUACAUUCAUUAUCG